AAAAAAUCUUAGUCCGAAAAAAAAGAGAAGCACUCUUGUUAGAGAGUUUUGGUCUAUUUGAUUGAGCUAGAAAAAGGCCUAAGCAACAAACCAAAACCCAUCAUUCCUUCUUCUUCUUCUUCUUCUCAUCCAUCGCCACCUUCUGAAACCACCGCACUAGAUUUAUAUAUUGUCUACGAUUAAGCAUUCUCGUAUUCUGAAAUGGGUGUUCAAUAAAACUCGAUUAAUCUCAUCAAAUUUUGCAUCUUUUUUACGAAAUUCGACUGAAGAGAGAAGGAAAAGUUCGCAACUUUUUCUUUCCUCUGUCUCUUGUUUUUUGUUGAAUUGUGAUCCUUUUUGUUGUUUUAUAUUUUUUUGGAAUUUUCUGAUCUAAUUAAUGGCUGCGAUCACUGAGAUGGCCACUGAUUCAAAUGACGUAAUCAACGAUGGUGGAACUGGAGACGGAAUUGAGAAGAGCACGGAUUCUAAACCGGAAAUCGAAUCGGAUGACCUCAAACCCAAAUCCAAACCGGAAUAUGAUCAAAUGAAGAAGCUUGUUGCCAUGUUCAAGAAACUCAAUCCUGAAGCUAAGGAGUUUUUCCCUUCUUACAAGAGGAAUACUAAUCAGUCUGACGAUUUUGUGAUUGCUAUAAAGCCAUCUGGUGAAGACAACAAAAAGGUUGCCAUUAACCGGAGGAGAAGAAACAACUAUAACCAAGGGAGGAGAGUGAGGUUACCUGGAAGAGCUUCUAAGGCUCAAAGAGAAGAUAGUAUUAGAAGAACAGUGUAUGUCUCUGACAUUGAUCAGAGUGUGACUGAGGAAGGCCUUGCUGGCUUGUUCAGCAGCUGUGGACAAGUUGUUGAUUGUCGAAUCUGCGGGGAUCCGAAUUCAGUUCUUCGCUUUGCGUUUGUUGAGUUUUCUGAUGACCAAGGUGCACGAUCGGCUUUAAGUCUUGGUGGAACAAUGAUCGGAUAUUACCCAGUUAGAGUCUUACCUUCAAAAACUGCUAUUCUUCCAGUGAAUCCCACAUUUCUCCCCAGGUCAGAAGAUGAAAGAGAGAUGUGUUCAAGGACCAUCUACUGCACAAAUGUUGACAAGAAUGCCACUGAAGAUGAUGUCAAUACCUUCUUUCAGUCUGCCUGCGGUGAGGUUACUCGCUUAAGGCUUCUUGGUGACCAAGUGCAUUCUACUCGCAUAGCUUUUGUUGAAUUUGCCAUGGCAGAGAGUGCAGUUGCAGCGCUAAACUGCAGCGGAAUAGUCUUAGGAUCUCAGCCGAUAAGGGUAAGCCCUUCAAAGACACCAGUGAGAUCGCGAAUCACUCGAUCACCAUCGCCAAACUAGGAGAAAACAGAGGCUUUGUUGAUGAAGGAGAGUGAUGCAACAAUAUUCAGUUAUUUAUUCUUUUUCAGUUGUCUUUCUUUUUCUAGAGCAGUUGUUUUCCAAUUAUGUAGUUUCUGGAAAGACAACAACCAUGAACAUGCUUCUUGGAUUUUGAGUUCUUGUUCUGAGUUCUUUGACUUAUUGAGUCAUAUCAUCUUUCUUUAAAGGUUUUUUUUUGAUCAUUUUUGUUGGUUCUUAACUAAAAAAGUUUAGAAUUUAGGAGAUUUUAGAUUUUACUAUUUAUGUUGAAGUGUUGAACGCUUAAGUUUUGGCAUAAUCAUUCUCUUCAUAGGAGUUUUU